AUGGAGAUGUCCACUGACCUCUACUUCACCAUCAUCUUUAAAGACAGGAAGAAGAACCUGGACCAGGUGGCCACAGACGCCAAGCAGACCUGGCACUGGAUCUAUAUCCUCACCAAACUCAAGAAGGAAGACACCAGUAUGAACAACAGAGAGUGGCUGGACCUGGAGUCCAUUUAUGGCCGCAUGUGGGAUUUUACUUCUGACUUCUCGCGUGGUGACACAGCUUACACAAAAGUGGCCCUUGAUCGGCAUAUAGACACAACUUAUUUCCAGGAACCUUGUGGAGUUCAGUUGUUUCAUUGUCUGAGGCAUGAUGGAACUGGUGGAAGAACUUUGUUGGAAGACGGUUUUAAUGCUGCAGAAAAUGUACGGAAACAAAGUCCUGAUAACUUUGAUUUACUCACUAAAAUGCCAAUCAAGCAUGAAUACAUAGAGAAUGUAGGACAAUGUCACAACCACAUGAUUGGAAUUGGACCAGUUCUGAAUGUUUAUCCAUGGAAUAACGAAUUGUAUUUGAUAAGAUAUAACAAUUAUGAUAGAGCUGUUAUUAGCACAGUGCCUCAUGAUGUAGUCCACCAAUGGUACAUUGCACACAGAGCCCUUACUACAGAACUCAGAAAGCCAGAGAAUGAAGUAUGGGUGAAACUAAAGCCUGGAAAGGUUCUAUUUAUAGAUAACUGAAGAGUCUUUCAUGGAUGCGAUGAAUUCACUGGCUACCGAUGACUUUGUGGAUGUUAUCUGAUGAGAGAUGAUGUGCUGAAUACUGCAAAAUCUUGGCAUCCAGAUUUAAAAAUGCUGCUGAACUUGAAGACAAAUUAUGUGGCAAGAAUUCUCGCUCCUUGAAGAUUUUUAGAUGCAAUUAAUGGAGCAUGUACUCUUACUAAGUUACUGAAAGACUAUGCAUUGAUUGAACUAUUUUUCAAAUAAACUUGUAUUUUACCUUCAUUGCACAAUUAAUAUCAUUUGCAUUUGUAAGUUUUAGUGCUUGGCUGUUUGUCACCUUUUAACCUUAGCUUCUUUGUCUAGCCCAAUCCACAAGAAAACUUGGCUUCUAGAUGUUUAUGUUAAGUAGAACACAACUGCAGAGAAAUAAGUGUUUAAGAAACUUUUGGCGUUGGGGAGAAAAGGAAAGGUCUUGUGUGGUUUGGUUUGCACAGAAGGAAAGAUGUCUUCAUAGAUUGUAUCAGUGGUUAAGUGAAGAGUACUCAUGACUGAGACACAUCAUCACAAUCAGCACUAAAGUAGUGUUUGUAGUCAAGCGUUUAAUCGUUCAAACAGAGACCCUAACUGCAGGUAGAAUAUCUGGAGGGAAAGGAGUGUUGUCCUGUGCAAUAUCUAUCUCUAAAUCACCAUCACCCAAUCCAGAAACUGUAAUUCACAUACUGCUGUUUGAGUUUGCUGUGCUGCCCUGUUUCUUCCUCACUGUAGGUGCAGUUCAGAAAUAUUGACGGGGAACUUUGGCUAUAUUAAGAUGAAUUUAUUAUGUCAGUGCAGGUUUCCCUACUUGUGCAAUACUGUGCAACCUAAAUUAUCUAGAUUUUUCUGGCUUUGGAGCACUUGAGGGACUGAGUCAUAGGGAGAGAUUGGACAAAUUAGGACUUAGUACAGGAA